AUUAAGAAUGGUAAUGACUUAGUGUCAAUGAAAUCAGAAUCAGACACAACAGCAGUGGCAGUCAGACAGCUCAUCAGGAAUCAGUACUAAGAGAGAUGUUGAUGGACGCUCCAAAGAUGUCAAACCUGAACUCAGUUCAAGAGAAGAGAAGAGAGCUACAGAAAGUGAAAGAGAGAAGAGAGCAGCAGAGAAAAAAGAGAAUCUACACUGGUAAACUGACAUCAAGUGACUUUUAUUUCACAGACUACUGCUUCUACCUGCUCUAGAGUAAAGAAAGAAGCUCGAGAUAGUCCUGACCAAUACCACAGGCAGGCAGGCACAGAUCAGACUGAGGACUCAGUUAGGCCCGAAAUGCCCAAGGAGGAGAAAUUGAAGAAAAGUGACCGCUAAGACAGGGAAGCAACCAAGCUGGCCAAAGAGAAAGCCAAAGAAGAGAAGCAUGAGAGGAAAGAACAUGAAGCCUUUGCCAAGGAGGAAGAGAGACAUUCAUCCAGGGUGAAAGACUACGAAGGGAGCAGUGCAAGCCACAACUUGAGCGCAUCCUCCCACAGACAUAGUGCUGAGCCAUCACCCAAACAUUUGGAGGAAAGAGAUCCUAAACGAAGGCGUCUGGAAAUGAGUGGGUCAUCUCAGGUUAGUAUACAAGUGUAGUGGAAGGUUUUUGUCCUGAGACAAGUUCUCCCAGACAAGCUAACCACAAUAUGGUUUAAGGAGUAUCCUCUCCGUCAAGUGUUAAAGCGUCAAAGAUAACCCAAAGUCUAAUGUGAAUAAAACAAGAUCAAAUGGAAAGUGUUCAAAGCAGAGAUCAAAUCAAUAAGGAAAUCAAUGUGGAAACGGAAGUAGAAGGUGAAACAAGGAGAGAAUUAACAGAAGAGAGCUUGAAUAAACAAGAGAAAUGGAGGCAGUAAGAUCCAAAAAUGCUGGGGCCAGAUGACAAGAGACGAAGGCACAAAAUGGAUGAUACUGAUACAUUGCGGCUUGAGAAAAAGGUGAAUCCCAGACAUAGAGAGCACAGUGACAAGGAAAAUGAAAAUGUCUAUGUUAAAAACAAAGAGCUUGAUCACUUUGAAACCCUUCCUUCAAAACAAUAACAUUGAUAAGCAGCUUGCAUAGAGAGAGACAAAUCUUGGAUGGAUAACUUAUUUUUUGAUGUAUAUUGCAAGUGGUCAGGUUUGAAACCAACUAACGUCACUCUGCCUACGACUGCCUAUUGCGUCAUGUAAUAUUGUUGCCAAAGAAACCAAUGGAACAGAGGAAGAAAUUUACCUUUCAAGGUGUCAAAAGCCUGAUCUGUUUGAUAAGCAUCCUUUUCUUGAGGAGAUAGAGGUGUAGUGAACAAAAAUCUUUCUGUGAAGAGAGGAAAUUGGUCUUAUGAAACAUGCUGCUCAUCAGCCUUUGGUUUACCAAUAUGUGCAGUUAAAGUCAAAGAAGCAUUUAUUGAAAGAUACUGACAUAUGAUGACUGAAAUAUAGACGCCUUGAAAGUUGAUAGUAGGGAAGAUAAUAAAUGAUCUCUUCUUGCUGCUGUUAAUACCACCUGCAAACCAUUCGACUAGCAGAGUCCUGAUAUCAAAAGAAAGUCAUUAUUUGAGCAAAGUUAUAAAAUGCUGCUGUCUGAACGAAGCAGUGCUGUCUUCCCACCUGGUCAGAAGUCUCAAGUGAAGUUGGUGUCUUCAGCAUGUUGAGUGACUGCCAGCUACGUUGAUGUACUGCUGUGAUACAAGAGUUAAUCCAUCCUCUGCAGCUGUCUGAAACAACCUAAGAACAAGGUCAUACUGAAGGAGCCAUACAGAAACGAAUCACUCUCCAUCCUCUAUCCACUGAAAUGAAAACAACUAGCAGGGCCUAUAACAUCCAACCCUUUCUGGAUUUUGUUUUAAAGUAUUUAAAAAGGCAAGAAUUCAGUGCAGAUAUCAAUAAGAAAUAUUAACAUUGAUGAAAGCUGUGAUUUGACAUGUAUUCUGAGGCAGUGACCAUUUGGAAUUCUCCAUGGCCACUGCAUGUCAUGUUGACAUGUUGUGCAACUUACUUCUUGAUUGUAGGAGUCACCAGUGGAUGGACAAAGCAAGCACAGAAAGAGUCCCACAAGUCAAGAAGCUGAUGAGUCUUUUGAAAUGGAAAAAGAUCGUAAAGAUAAAAAGAGGGAACACUGUUGAAACCUAUGACCCAGAACUUUCCAAAAGAAGAAAAAGUGAGGAUCAUUAUCUAGCUUCACGCAAACAAAAUGGGGAAGCCAAUGGAUCCUCCAAAAUGUAUGCAGAGAGAGAUUAUAAAGAGAAAUCUAAACAACAGAGUCACUCCUCUAAGAGCAAGGAACAGUUUAAUGAAACAGAUGGAUCUCCAAAACUGAAGAUGAAAGAAAAGAGAGACAAAUCAUGUUCCAAAAAAACAGAAAAAAUAAAACCAGUUUGAUCUGGAUGUUUCCAGACUGCAGUCUCUUGUUGACUAUUGUUAGUUGGAUGGCAAAUGUGCAGCUUUUUAAACCUUUUUUUUUCCUUUUGAAACAUUGAUUUAUAUAUUUCUCAAACAUUUUUAGAUAGUAACAUAUGUUGAUCUGUAGAUCUAGUGUGGGUGAAUGUGUGAUAUCAUGUACAUUAGACUCUGGCCAUUCAGUUGGUUCUGUAAAAUUACAAAGUGACACUUUUUU